ACAAAGUCACUUAUUGUGGUAGUAUCUAGUAUAGCCGGGCAGUGAUUGGUGACAUUUUGAGGUAAGGUCGAUCUGAAAAAAAAAAAAAGGAUAAAGAUUAUCCUGUAAUAGGUGUUAUCACGUGCAUAGGACCACUGAUUAUAUAUACCGCUCUGAAGCAUGGUGUAUCACACCCCGCCACCGCCGAGUACAGGUCCUUGUUAGUCUGCACCGCCCGCUUAUGAUUACCACUGCAUAUUUGCGUUUGAUACUACCAUACCCACAUUGGCCGCCAUGUAGCCUAGGAUGGCCCUCGUUUUACUCUAGAAGAAGAUUAAGCAUCGCCUGGGAUGUGUUAGGCCUUUGCGGAGUAAAUUACUUGUUAAUUGCUGCUUUAAAACAUAUAUGAAGAGCGUACAGAGAAAAGAAGAAAAGAAAAACGUCCAAGAAUAAUUAGAAUGCAGUACUUGACUGCGGUUAAUUUCUUACUUGCAUUAUCUAGUCAUAGGCUGCCGAAGUACGGAUACAUAGGACGAAUUUUCGGUGUACCUGAUUGAAGAUUGAGUGGUGUCAGGGGCCACUGCAGGCUGCCUAGUCAGCCAAUGCAGGCGGGAUUUUGAUAAGGCCGGAUAUCGCAGCCUGAAAUGGAAGGGCUUUUCGUCCGAAUUUAAAGAAAAACAGGGACUACAACAUCAAUUGUUUGUAGACAAAUUGACAGACAGAUAUCACGAGACGUGCCAAUAAAUAUGGAUUGGGUACGUGAUACCUUAGGAUUGCAUGGCUCGGAUUUGGACCGGGUUUUUAAGUAUGAACCUAAAGCAACGACUGUGCUGUGUAUCAACGACCAGGCUAUCGUACAUGAGAUAGAAACUCAUGAGGAGUGGCAAACAUGGUUAGAGCAGGACUGUCCAUCUCCGAAAGACUGCGAGUCUGGCUUGGUUGUUCUUUUCGCGAAGCGUUCUACCGAGUCGAGUACGAGUAAUGCCAAACAGACGAGCGAGAAUAUCUUCCUAGCAGGGAUGGAUGGUGAACAGCCCGUGCAAGAAAACUCUGUACAGAGUUCAUGUCCACCUGAUAUUAAGACACGCAACCACAGCGACGAGAAGCAAGACAGCUCUUCUGCGGUAGCGCGCCACAGUCUCAGGACUAUUCCGCUCAGUCGAAGCACAUUCGAAAUAAUCGCCAGAGCAUUCUAUAUGCACAGCUCGAUAUCGAGAGUGAUUAGUCGGGCAGAUAUUCCAGCUUUUACGCAUACAAAGGCAACUAUGGAAGAUGAACACGGCUCAAAACAUGAAGUCUCUGUCUUCAACUUGCGAACAUCUAAUGCCUGGCCUAUGGAUCUUGCUUUGACUGUAACAUACUUCCCUCACUGCAAUCUGAUGUUUGCCUUUAUUUUUGGAUGCGACUUGGAGAUCGAAGAGGAAAUACUGAGUCGAUUAAGACUUGCAGGAAACACCGCAACCCAUCCUUUACUGCUCCCAGGAAUCAUCGUGGAGAUUGAGAGGAGGCGACAUGUACAAAUAGUAGAUGAUAUUGUGGACGAAGUCGAGGCAAGAAUCUACCAGCUCGAAAUACGGCCUGGUACAGAAGAGAGCAUGACAACUUCACAGAUUGAGAAAUUGCACAAAGAUAAGCGCUCGGCAUGGCUCAAUAUCACGUAUACACGAAAUUGCCUUCAGAGUUGGAGAAAGCAACUGGAGAAUAUUGCACUUCAUGUGGACGAAGUCAAUCGCUUACUAUUAGGGGGGUAUGGGUGGUCGAGUAAUUUAACCACUCCACCUCCAACUCCAAAUUCUUAUGAGGAAUAUCCACUAAUUGGCAAAGAAGAAAUCCCAAUAGCCCUCGUUCAGCCACUGCCAGAGCACUCGGCAUUAUGCCAUGAGAAAUCUAGCAACAUAUAUCUUGUCGUAGGAUACCAAAUAAAGUCUCGAACUUUGGCCAUCAUCGAAGAGUACGACGACAAGAUUCGUGAAUGCUCAUUAAGAAUUGAGGGGAUGGCAAUGGCAACACAAUGGGCACAAGGCGAGACGAGCUUAGAGAUUGCCAAGGCGACAAGACGAGAUUCUGAACAUAUGCGCUCAAUAGCCCUGGUGACAAUGAUAUUCCUCCCAGGAACAUUCUUUGCGGGAGUAUUUUCCAUGACGUUUUUCGACUGGUCUGGCAAUAGUGGGCAGCCGGUGGUAUCUAAAUAUAUUUGGAUAUAUGUCUUGUUUACCCUACUUGUUACGCUGAUAACCAUUGGUCUAUGGUAUUACUUCAACAUUUAUCGCAGACAAUGGUUGACCUCCAACACAUCGACCGUAUAGCUGCAGGAUCUUUAAGUCUGUCAAAGUCAGUAGAGCUAGAAAAGAUUUUAUAUGUUGGUUGACGCGGAAUGAAUUUACCAUUAAACUUGGCAGGGAUGGUUUUAACUACCAAAAUAGAAGGAUAAACACGAUUAAUAGUGCAAUCUUCAUUCGAUAUUGGAGGCAUAAGGUGCCGUUGUACUAAGAGUAAAGCCCACAAAGCACUAGAGGUUGCCACCACUUGCAUUUUGCCCAAGUAACAGCUAAUAAAUGGGUGGUUAUUACUCCCUAAUAUCUUAGCACCUUAACAGGUCAUGGUGUCAAAAGUGGAAGGCGGUGAUACUUAACGAUCCAUAUACUAGAU